AUGCAAAAUUACAAUCCAUGGCUUCGUCGUCAUCUCAUGAAUGUGUGCAAUAAUGAGCCAUACAAGAUAUAUUUCACGUACAAUGUUAAUUUCGUCAAUGUUCACGAAUUGAAGAAGGUUUUCGUGAAUCGCUUUCACGUUUUAGACAUCUCAGUUCACGAUGGAUAUGGUUAUGUUGUGAGUUAUUUGUUUAAUAUUGUUGUUUUAUGCUUUUAUAUUGGUUUAUUAUGUUUUAUAUUAAGUUACUGAAAUUUGUGGUUAAUUGAUAAUAUUGUAGUACGUGAAUGAUUCCGAUGCUGCGAGAAAAGUCAACCUUUAUAAGAAAGCAAUGUCCUACAGAGAAACACCGUUAACAAUGGCUGAAGGAUUGACUUACAGAGGAAAUCACAUUGUGUAAGUGAAUAUUGUGGUUAUUUUUUGGAUUUUAGGCGGCGUUUCUUAUGGAACAAUGAGGGUUAUUUUCAGGCCAAUUACUGAUGGUCCAUCAUCUCAUAAGUCUGAAAAGUCCGUGGAAACAGAAUUCAAUCCCGAAGGUGUUUUGUCAGAAUUGGAAUCGUUUGAUUGGGCAACAAUGCAAGUUUUUCUGGUUUCUAAAUAUUUUUAUUGUUUUAGGAUUCGAUUUUAAUUUUUUUAUUUCAAGACUUCCAGCUGUCUGUUUUAUCUAUGACUGUCUUAAUUUUCUAGGGGCCUAACUGAGCUGAAAUCUCUUGGGAAGAGUCUUCAAGGAAUUUUGGUCAAUAUCCAAAGUGCAUACAAGUCAAAACUAUGUGUUCGUCCCAACGAUCUUCGUGUUUUACCGUAUUCAAAAAUUCCUGAUAGCCCUUUAAUCAGGAACAAUGUAAGUUUGGCAUUAUUUUAUUAUGAAAAGGACAGUUGUUGAUAUUAUUUUUUAUAAUAUUGUGUAAUACUUGUAACGAAUAUUGUUUUAGGUUCACACAGAAAAUCUUGUUGUAUUAAAAGACCCUGCUGCAUCUCAGAAUAGAAACUUUAAGAUCUUGGAUGAUGUGAAGAAAGAGAAACAAGAAAAAUUAUCACCAGGAAAAGCUUUAUUGAGAAAAAUAUUGGGUAACGUUGAAAAUACUCCGGAAAUUGGUCGAUCUCAAAAGAGAAAAAGGGCAGCUCAAUCGGAUAUGACGAACAUGAAGCAUAUGAAGAUACUGAAAGAGGUAGAUUUUCCACUGUGUUUUUUUAAAUCUUAUGUUAGUAGGUAGCUUAAAGUUAAGUUAUUUUUGAUUUAAAACAUUGUUAAUGUAAGUAGUUUUUUAACCAUUUUGAAUGACAGCGAUUACUCUCUAAAUAUUUUUUUUUCUUUUUUAGCGUUUGGAGCAGAUGUCACCUAUUGGAGAGAAGAAGACAAAGAAUCCUUUACUAACGUCAACUCCUCAGAACAUGUCGUUUGUUAACCAAUGA